UGCCUCAGUACUUUUGUAUUCCAAGAAAGAAAUAUGGAGGAUGAAGUGGUGAGAAAGUCUCUACUUGUAAAACAAGAGGCGAGUAGUAACACAGUAGAUAAUGGCAAUGGCCAUGUUGGUGAUGGUGCUAAUACUAAUGGUGGUGCUGCUGUUCGGCCAAGUGAUUCCAGUGCCACAGCUAUUCUCGUUAUCAGCACCAUUGUGGCAGCUUGCGGUGCCUUCACUGGUGGCAGUGUUGCGGUAUAUUCAUCACUUGCUGAGAAUGGAAUCAUAGCUGAUCUGGGCCUUACUGUGGCAGAGUAUUCACUGUUUGGAUCAAUGAUGACCAUUGGAGCAAUAAUAGGGGCACUAAUAAGUGGAAAGAUGACGGAUGUCAUUGGUCGAAGAUAUACAUUUUGGAUUUUGGAUAUAUUCUACAUCAUGGGAUGGCUAUCAAUAAUCUUCGCCAAGGGUGCUUGGUUGCUUGACUUCGGAAGACUGUUAUUGGGAGUUGGAUUUGGAAUUACAUGUUAUGUGGGACCUGUGUACCUUGCCGAAAUAACACCAAAGAAUCUAAGGGGAGGGUUUAUGUCAAUAACUCAGUCGAUGACAGGUUAUGGCUCUUCUCUCACAUAUCUCAUUGGUUCAAUUAUCAGCUGGCGCACCUUGGCCAUAAUAGGCUCUAUUCCAUGUAUAUUAAUGUUCCUUGGUCUAUUUCUCAUUCCAGAGUCCCCUAGAUGGUUGGUAAAGAUUGGCAAACAAAGAGAAUUUGAGGCUGCUCUCCAACGCCUCAGGGGAGUCGAUGCUGAUACCUCUCAAGAGGCCUCUGAUAUCAAAGAUUAUACUGAUAACCUUCAACAAAACUCAGAUGACAAAAUUCAGAACUUGUUUCAACGAAAAUUUGUUCCUCUACUCAUUGUUGGAGUCGGGCUGAUGUUAGUGCAAGUACUUGGAGGGCUCUAUGGGUUUCUGUUUUAUAUGAGUGAAAUUUUUAAUUCUGCUGGUAUCUCUAGUACUGUUGGGUAUAUAGUGCUGGCUGUUACCCUGAUUCCUUCAAUUUUUCUGGGCGCCUCACUGAUAGAUAAACUUGGAAGACGAAUGAUUUUGAUGGUUUCUGCAAUGGGGAAUUGCUUAGGUUGCUUCCUUACAGGAUUAGCAUACUUGUUGCAGGACCAUAACUGGUGGAAAGGAAUCAGUCACAUUUUGGCCCUUGUAGGAGUAUUGGUAUAUAUGGGAUCUUACUCAUUUGGCAUGGUAAGCAUACCAUGGAUUAUAGUCUCAGAGAUAUUCCCUAUAAAUGUGAAGGGCUCAGCAGGAACUCUUUGCAAUUUGGUCAAUUGGUUUGCCUCCUUUUUUGUUUCCUACACCUUUAAUUUCUUAUUCGAGUGGAGCUCAGCAGGAACAUUUUUCAUAUAUUCAAGCAUUUGCGGUUUGGGUGUUCUUUUCAUUGCAAAACUAGUACCGGAGACUAAAGGGCGAACAUUGGAAGAAAUACAAUCAUCACUAACUGGCAUUCUGCAAUGAGGAGCAUAACACUAGAGGGGUAUCAAAUAACAUGUGCUUGUUGCACUGCAUCAGUAACAACGAAUCUAAUAAAAAUUUAUUUUUGAUUAAUCAAAUUAAUGCCACACUGGAUUUCCCAGUUUUACUA